AUGCGUCAUUUGGUUUGCGAGUAUAAAUGUGCAGCAUUUGUUCCCCUCAGUGGGAAUUUGAGUGAGAAGGAUAGGGUAUUGGUUAACAGGAGUGAGAAGGAUAGGCUACUGGUUAACAGGAUUGAGAAGGAUAGGGUACUGGUUAACAGGAGUGAGAAGAAUAGGGUACUUGUUAACAGGAAUGAGAAGGAUAGGGUACUUGUUAACAGGAUUGAGAAGGAUAGGGUACUUGUUAACAGGAGUGAGAAGGAUAGGGUACUGGUUAACAGGAGUGAGAAACAAAGGGUACUGGUUAACAGGAGUGAGAAGGAUAGGAUACUGGUUAACAGGAGUGAGAAGGAUAGGAUACUGGUUAACAGGAGUGAGAAGGAUAGGGUAUUUGUUAACAGGAGUGAGAAGGAUAGGGUAUUGGUUAACAGGAGUGAGAAGGAUAGGCUACUGAUUAACAGGAGUGAGAAGGAUAGGGUACUGGUUAACAGGAGUGAGAAGAAUAGGGUACUUGUUAACAGGAUUGAAAAGGAUAGGGUACUGGUUAACAGGAGUGAGAAGGAUAGGGUACUGGUUAACAGGAGUGAGAAGGAUAGGGUACUGGUUAACAGGAGUGAGAAGGAUAGGGUACUGGUUAACAGGAGUGAGAAGGAUAGGGUACUGGUUAACAGGAGUGAGAAGGAUAGGGUACUGGUUAACAGGAGUGAGAAGGAUAGGGUACUGGUUAACAGGAGUGAGAAGGAUAGGGUACUUAUUAACAGGAGUGAGAAACAAAGGGUACUGGUUAACAGGAGUGAGAAGGAUAGGGUACUUGUUAACAGGAGUGAGAAACAAAGGGUACUGGUUAACAGGAGUGAGAAGGAUAGGGUACUGGUUAACAGGAGUGAGAAGGAUAGGAUACUGGUUAACAGGAGUGAGAAGGAUAGGGUACUUGUUAACAGGAAUGAGAAGGAUAGGGUACUUGUUAAAAGGAAUGAGAAGGAUAGGGUACUGGUUAACGGGAGUGAGAAGGAUAGGGUACUGGUUAACAGGAGUGAGAAACAAAGGGUACUGGUUAACAGGAGUGAGAAGGAUAGGGUACUUGUUAACAGGAGUGAGAAACAAAGGGUACUGGUUAACAGGAGUGAGAAGGAUAGGGUACUGGUUAACAGGAGUGAGAAGGAUAGGAUACUGGUUAACAGGAGUGAGAAGGAUAGGGUACUUGUUAACAGGAAUGAGAAGGAUAGGGUACUUGUUAAAAGGAAUGAGAAGGAUAGGGUACUGGUUAACAGGAGUGAGAAGGAUAGGCUACUGGUUAACAGGAGUGAGAAGGAUAGGGUACUUGUUAACAGGAAUGAGAAGUAUAGGUUACUGGUUAACAGGAGUGAGAAGGAUAGGGUACUGGUAAACGGGAGUGAGAAGGAUAGGGUACUUAUUAAUAGGAGUGAGAAGGAUAGGGUACUUAUUAACAGGAGUGAGAAACCAAGGGUACUGGUUAACAGGAGUGAGAAGGAUAGGGUACUUGUUAACAGGAGUGAGAAACAAAGGGUACUGGUUAACAGGAGUGAGAAGGAUAGGGUACUGGUUAACAGGAGUGAGAAGGAUAGGAUACUGGUUAACAGGAGUGAGAAGGAUAGGGUACUUGUUAACAGGAGUGAGAAGGAUAGGCUACUGGUGAACAGGAGUGAGAAGGAUAGGGUACUUGUUAACAGGAAUGAGAAGGAUAGGGUACUUGUUAAAAGGAAUGAGAAGGAUAGGGUACUGGUUAACAGGAGUGAGAAGGAUAGGCUACUGGUUAACAGGAGUGAGAAGGAUAGGGUACUGGUUAACAGGAGUGAGAAGGAUAGGCUACUGGUUAACAGGAGUGAGAAGGAUAGGCUACUGAUUAACAGGAGUGAGAAGGAUAGGCUACUGGUUAACAGGAGUGAGAAGGAUAGGCUACUGGUUAACAGGAGUGAGAAGGAUAGGGUACUUGUUAACAGGAAUGAGAAGUAUAGGUUACUGGUUAACAGGAGUGAGAAGGAUAGGGUACUGGUUAACGGGAGUGAGAAGGAUAUGGUACUUGUUAACAGGAGUGAGAAGGAUAGGGUAUUGGUUAACAGGAGUGAGAAGGAUAGGCUACUGGUUAACAGGAUUGAGAAGGAUAGGGUACUGGUAAACGGGAGUGAGAAGGAUAGGGUACUUAUUAAUAGGAGUGAGAAGGAUAGGGUACUUAUUAACAGGAGUGAGAAGGAUAGGGUUUUGGUUAAUAGGACUGAGAAGGAUAGGCUACUGGUUAACAGGAGUGAGAAGGAUAGGGUACUUGUUAACAGGAAUGAGAAGGAUAGGCUACUGGUUAACAGGAGUGAGAAGGAUAGGGUACUGGUAAACGGGAGUGAGAAGGAUAGGGUAUUUGUUAAAAGGAAUGAGAAGGAUAGGCUACUGGUUAACAGGAGUGAGAAGGAUAGGCUACUGGUUAACAGGAUUGAGAAGGAUAGGGUACUUGUUAACAGAAGUGAGAAGGAUAGGUAA